AGUUAUACUCAUCAAACAUUUGCUAAUAUUCUUGCUUUUACAAAAAAAACAUUCGAUCAACCAUGGCCGUUGAUUCGCCUCUUCUAUCUCGUAUGGCUUCACCGACGACAUCCGAGAAAGACAUGAAGGCUCUCAAGUUCAUUGAAGAGAUGACUAGGAACCCUGACUCGGUUCAAGAGAAGGUUCUUGGAGAGAUACUAAGUCGUAACUCGAACACCGAAUAUCUGAAACGGUUCGAUCUUAAUGGGGCCGUUGAUAGGAAAACGUUCAAGAGCAAAGUUCCGGUGGUUAUGUACGAAAAUUUGAAGAAGGAGAUUCAACGUAUAUCCAACGGUGAUCGUUCUCCGAUCUUAUCUUCUCACCCCAUCAACGAGUUUCUCACAAGCUCUGGAACAUCUUCUGGUGAGAGGAAAUUAAUGCCGACAAUUGAGGAAGAUAUAGACCGACGACAGCUUUUAGGCGGUCUUCUCAUGCCUGUGAUGAAUCUCUACGUGCCGGGAUUAGACAAGGGCAAAGGCUUAUACUUCUUAUUUGUGAAGUCGGAGUCUAAGACUUCAGGUGGGUUACCGGCUCGUCCGGCUCUCACUAGUUACUACAAAAGCGACCACUUCAGGACGUCCGAUCUGCAAAGCGACUACACUAGUCCUAGGGAAGCCAUCCUCUGCUCCGACUCGUCACAAAGCAUGUAUGCGCAAAUGCUAUGUGGUCUCUUAAUGCGCCAUGAAGUUCUCCGACUCGGCGCGGUGUUUCCUUCUGGACUCCUCCGUGCCAUAAGCUUCCUCCAGAACAAUUGGAAGGAACUUGCUCAGGAUAUCUCAACCGGUAUCCUAAGUUCUAAAAUCUUUGAUCCUGAGAUUAAAAACCGAAUGUCGAAGAUUUUGAACAAACCUGAUCAAGAACUGGCUGACCCUUUGUUGCCGCAUUGGUCAUUUGGUCACCAGAACGACGUCAUUAGAUAAAACUUUAUGAAAGAUAUCAAACCGAUGCUGUGAAAAACCCUUCAAGUAUUAGUCCAUCCAUUUAUCCUUUAAAAACUCUCAACAAAAUUGUUAAUGAAAA